UUUGCAGAUCUUGCAGAUAUGUCGGUGUCCGAGGAGAUCCCCGUGGAAGGGGAGAUCACGGUGCCCGUGGGAGCCCCCUCGCCCGACGAGGACUUCUCCACGCUGGACGAGCCCGUGCGCGAGACCAUCAUGAGAGAUCUCAAGGCCGUUGGGAAGAAGUUUGUGCAUGUCAUGUAUCCCAAAAAGAGCAGUGCCCUCCUUAGAGACUGGGAUCUUUGGGGCCCCCUGGUGCUUUGUGUCUCGCUUGCACUGAUGCUCCAGGGUGGAUCAGCAGAUAGCAAAGAAGACGGAGGGCCCCAAUUUGCUGAGGUCUUUGUCAUCAUCUGGUUUGGGGCAGUUGUUAUCACACUAAACUCAAAGCUGCUUGGAGGAACUAUAUCCUUUUUUCAGAGCCUGUGUGUGCUGGGUUACUGCGUCCUGCCCCUGACGGUGGCGAUGCUGGUGUGCAGGCUGGUGCUGCUGGCCAGCUCUGGCACCGUCGGCUUCGUCGUGCGUCUGCUCGUGGUUCUAGCCAUGUUUGCCUGGUCCACGCUGGCGUCUACGGCGUUCCUGGCAGACAGUCAGCCUCCAAACCGCAAGGCACUGGUUGUCUACCCCAUCUUCCUCUUCUACUUUGUUAUCAGCUGGAUGAUCCUCACCUUUACUCCUCAGUGAUGCGAGCUCAAAAGAGACUCUGAUACGGACUGAAGGUUUUCCUGAAUGUUGCAGUUAAUUGUGGCUUUAUCUCUAAUUUAUACAUAUGUAUAGAUAGAUAUUGUAAAAAGGCAGGUUAUGGGAUAAAGCCUGAGAACUGCAAAACUGGUCAUUUGUUUGUCCCUGUUCUUGAAAGUUACAGAAAUCCAUCUACUGAGACUUUUAUUUAACCCCAUUCUUUUCUUAAGUUUUAAAUAUAUAAAAAACCACGCAACUGCUAUGACAGGGACUGUUCUGUCUGAGGAGGGGAGAGACCUUGGGACUUCCUGGAGUUUGAUAGAUGAAGUUAUAGGUUACACGACUUAGCAGGAUUCUUGCUUGUGCUUGAAUUCUCACCCAAGAUGAAUAUGCCUUAUGAAAUAAUAGAACUUAAUUGUUGUUAUGUGUUGGUAGGUAAAAUACGUGUUUGGCUCCUUUUGUUUUCUUCAUUCAUGUACAGGAUGGUGGAAUGUGUAUUAAGUGCAUCACAGGACCAUGAACUUUCACUCUGAGAUCGGAUUUUAGUAAAAAAUCCAUUUGAGUCCAUUUUGCGCUUUCCUGGAGCGGGGCAGAAGGGAGCUGCCGUGGCUCCUUUUGGUGUGGUGUGUACUUCUGUUCCAGCCACUUCCCGUGUUGAGGAAGAGUGUGCUAACCAGAUGCCUUGACCAUGGUAGUUGCACUGGCAGAUCCACGGAUCUUGUGAGAAGGGAGUGUCUACACUGCAGAGUUGCACAUUUUUCCUGUGACCCUAGAUUAGGGAGUCCAAGUCCUGGAGGAACAAGAUCGUUUUGCAACAGGGAUGUAGUUAUUGCUGUGCUGCAUAUUUACAGCACAAAGUUGAGCAUCUGGAGAGUGUGAACCAGUGCAUAAAUAAACUGGCUUUUGUGAAGUGGCUUUAGGUUUCACCACAUGAGAUCUUUGGAUGCCAACAUACCAAAUAGGGACUUAAGCCCAGAAGUUUUUUAAACAGGGCUCGAGGACAGGAAAUAAAUUAGUUUGAAGGUAGUGGCUGCUGUGAAGUGGCCUAUGCAUUCUGGUCUUAACUACUUACAUGCAACUUUCAUGCAGUUGUUUACAUGGACAGUCUUUCAGCAUAAAUCAUUCGGUUUUGCAGAUUUUUUUUCUUGCCUCUAAAGAGAAAUAAGCAAUUUUUCUAUGAAGUUUUUAUCUAAUACUUUGUAUAAAAGGAGAGGGGACUUUCUGCUGUGAUACUGUACGUACUGGAGAACUGUGCACAGGCGUGCAGAUCGCUCAAACCCAGAGAUGGAGACCUGGAAAACUGCUCUUUAAAGACUGUACAGAAAUAAUGUCACCUGUUUUGAGUAAGCAAUACAAGAAAAGAGCUUUGGAAAACCUGCAGGUGAAAAAGCUGCUGGUAAAAUGUCACUUUUUCUGAAAACCAGUGUCAUAUUCCCCUUCUCUUGUCUCUUGUCUCUGUCUGCAGAUAGACCUGAAAUUACUUAAGUGGGUCCUGUUAAGAUGUAAAUACGCAUGGUUUGUAUUUCAAUGCAAAGGUGACGUUUCUGCUGUGAACACUGCAGACACUUCAGUUGGUAUGGAAAUUUCUAGAUGUGUAAAUUUAAAACUACAUUUCAUGUUUCUGUAUGUGAAGAGAAGGGAAAAAAAAAUUACACUGUGCAGGGACCAUUGCUUAACGUGGAGCAGUUGUCAUAAGCGAGUGCAGAAGCCGAAGGCUGGUUUUGCAUUCUUACACCUUGGUGUGUAUCUGUUGUAGCCUUUUAUAUACAUAAAUAUAAAAGAAACGGGGAGUUUCUGAAAUUGCGUAAAUUAUUACUGAUGCAGAAUGUGAAUUUUUCAAGUUGUAAUUGUCCAUAUAAACGUUUGCUCAUCUUUAUGAAGCUAGAAAGAGGUAGUCGAGGGAGAAGGAGGUAGCAGAGCUGUGUGCUAACACGGCGGGGUGCUCCGAGCCCACGUGGAGCACCGCUGCCGCAGGCACCUUGGUCUGGCCGUGUAGCAGGUCCUGUCAGCACCCUGGGGCCGCGGUGUCCCGAGGGUGCGACUGACACUGUGGGAAGGGUGUAACGCAGUAACGCUCGGGUGACGCUGCAUGCCCUUCAAAAGGAAGAGGACUUUCAAAGAGGAAUUAACCAAAAUAAUCACAGCUUUUUCCUUGCUUGUCUUUGACUUAUAGCCAAGGCUCCUAAAGGCUUUUCUUGUGAUGGACUAUUCUUGGCUUAUGGUGAGGGGAGGGAAUUAUUUUUGUAUUUACUAGAUUUACUUUUAAAGUGGCUGAGGGUUUUAUUUGAGAGAUGUUUUUAAUGUGAAAGAGUA